AUGGUGAGCAGAAAAAAGUAUUUAGUUCUGGUGUUAACUGCAUUUUUAUGGGUUGAAUUACAUGCCCAAAAUAAAAACAAGAAUAUGAAAUGCAGGUUACUGGGCAAAUUUAAUUUGACUGGGUAUGUAGAAACCAAAAACCAUUCAGUUGUUAUUGGAGGAUUAUUUCCUAUCCACUCUAGGACCAUCCCUACAGACCAUGAUGGAGAACCCAUAUCAGCCAUGUGUGAAGGGUUUAACUUCCGGGGAUUCCGAUGGAUGAAAACCAUGAUCCACACCAUCAAAGAGAUUAACGAGAGGAAGGACAUUUUGCCCAACCACACUCUGGGCUAUCAGAUCUUUGACACCUGCUAUACUAUCUCCAAAACAAUGGAGACUGCUUUUACAUUUCUUACAGGGCAGGAAGAAUACCAGCCCAAUUUUAGAAAUGGCACUGGAAAGUAUCUAGUAGGAAUUAUUGGAGCUGGGGGAUCGUCAUUGUCAGUUGCUGCUUCAAGAAUUCUUGGGUUGUAUUAUGUGCCUCAGGUGGGUUAUACUUCUUCUUGCCCAAUUCUUAGUGACAGCAACCAGUUUCCAUCUUAUCUUCGCACAAUACCCAGUGAUAUGAUCCAGUCUGAGGCCAUGGUGAAUCUCAUCAAACACUUUGGUUGGGUCUGGGUGGGUGCUAUUGCAGCUGAUGAUGAUUAUGGAAAAUAUGGAGUAAAAAUAUUUAAGGAAAAAAUAAAACAUACCAACAUCUGUGUUGCUUUCUCUGAAACCAUUCCCAAAAUCUACUCCAAUGAGAAAAUGCAAAAGGCUGUCAAUGCAGUGAAGAAUUCCACUGCCAAAAUCAUUGUGCUUUAUACCUCUGACAUUGACCUCAGCCCCUUUGUGCUGGAAAUGGUUCACCAUAACAUAACUGACCGGACCUGGAUAGCCAGCGAAGCCUGGAUUACCUCAGCUCUCAUUGCAAAACCCAAGUACUUUCCACAUUUUGGUGGAACUAUUGGAUUUGCAAUACCAAGAACAGUUAUACCAGGACUGAAAGAAUUUCUUCAUGAUGUACACCCUAGCAAGGAUCCAAAUGAUGUCUUGACCAUUGAAUUCUGGCAAACUGCUUUUAACUGUACCUGGCCCAAUAGCAGUGUGCCUUACAAUGUGGACCACAGAGUGAAUAUGACUGGCAAAGAAGACAGAUUGUAUGACAUGUCUGGUCAGCUCUGCACUGGAGAGGAGAACCUGCAAGAUUUGAAAAAUACCUAUCUGGAUGUAUCUCAACUCAGAACCACAAACAAUGUCAAACAAGCUGUGUAUGCUAUGGCUUAUGCCCUGGAUCAUCUCAGCAGAUGUGAUGAACAGGAAUCAGAUAAAUCACAUAAUCAAUGUCCACAUAUACCUAACUUUAAGCCCCAGGAGCUAUUGUAUUACUUAAGGGGGGUGAAUUUUACUACCCAUGAUGGAAAAAAAAUACAGUGGAAUAGGAAUGGAGAUCUGGAAAGUGGAUAUUAUGAUAUUCUCAACUGGCAGCUAGAUAAUACUGGCGAAAUCAUCUUUGUCAAGGUUGGAGAAUACAAAUUUCAACAAUCAAAUUUUGAACUUGUUCUUCCAAAUAAUUCAGUGAUAUUUUGGAACACUGAAUCUUUAAGGCUUCCAGAGUCAGUCUGCACAAAACUGUGCCCUCCAGGGACCAGGAAGGGGAUUCGCUAUGGGGAACCAAUAUGCUGCUUUGAUUGCAUCCCGUGUGCUGAUGGAUAUGUGUCAGAGAAACCAGGUCAAAGGGAAUGUAAUGCAUGUGGGGAAGAUGACUGGUCCAAUGCACAGAAGAGCAAGUGUGUGCCAAAGGAGGUGGAGUUCCUUGAUUAUGAGGAGGCCCUGGGAUUCACCCUAGUCAUCCUCUCCAUCUUUGGGGCACUUGUGGUCUUGACAGUCACCGUGGUGUAUGGGAUGCACAGGCACACUCCCCUGGUAAAGGCCAAUGACCGGGAGCUGAGCUUCCUCAUUCAGAUGUCUCUGGUCAUCACAAUCCUCUCAUCCAUGCUCUUCAUAGGCAAGCCAUUGAACUGGUCCUGCAUGGCCCGCCAGGUCACUCUGGCAGUAGGCUUUUGCCUUUGUCUGUCUUCCAUUCUUGGAAAGACUAUUUCACUCUUUUUUGCCUACAGGAUCUCCAAGUCCAAAACUAGGCUUAUAUCCAUGCACCCCAGUAUUCGAAAACUCAUUGUGCUGAUCUGUGUUUUAGGGGAGAUUGGUGUAUGCUCAGCUUACUUGCUGUUGGAGCCUCCGAGGGUGUACAAGAACAUUGAACCUCAAAAUGUCAAAAUCAUCUUUGAAUGCGAUGAAGGUUCUAUAGAGUUUCUGUGCUCCAUAUUUGGGUUUGAUGUCCUUCUGGCCUUGCUGUGUUUUCUUACAACCUUUGUGGCUCGCCGGCUGCCAGAUAACUAUUAUGAGGGGAAAUGCAUCACCUUUGCAAUGCUGGUCUUCUUCAUUGUCUGGAUCUCUUUUGUCCCUGCUUACUUGAGCACCAAAGGCAAAUUCAAAGUGGCCGUGGAAAUAUUUGCCAUUUUGGCAUCCAGCUAUGGCUUGUUAGGGUGCAUAUUUCUUCCCAGGUGCUUCAUUAUUUUGCUGAGGCCAAAGAGGAACACUGAGGAAACUGUUGGCGGGAGAAUCCCCACUGUAGACAGGAGCAUCCAGCUGACCUCAGCUUCUGUGAGCAGUGAGCUCAACAACACCACAGUGUCCACAGUUCUGGAUGAGUAG